CUAUCACGUGACAUCACUCUCUUCGCUCUCACUAUCUCUCUCGGUCUCCAUGCGAGGCCAGAAUCGCCCCCCUAAACGAUGGCGUUUUUGCUCUCUCUAGCUUUUGCUGCGCCCUGCUUUUUCCCUCUCUUCCUCGGCUCCGCCUUCGCGCCUCGUCCUACGAGUAAUAUUCCCUCCACUUUGGAUGGCCCUUUCGACCCCGUUACCGUCCCUUACGACGUCGCUUUGCGUGGAAAUGCCGUUGACUUGCCCGAUUCUGAUCCCAGGGUGCAACGCCCUGUCAAGGCAUUCCAGCCCGAACAGAUUUCAAUCUCUCUCUCUGCCAACUACGACUCCGUCUGGGUCUCUUGGAUUACAGGGGAAUUCCAAAUUGGUAACAACAUAAAGCCACUAGACCCAAAAUCUGUGUCGAGUGUUGUGCGCUUUGGAAGGUUGAGUCAUUCACUAAGUCAUCGAGCAAGUGGUUAUUCCCUUGUUUACAGUCAGCUUUACCCUUUUGAUGGCCUCCAGAACUACACAUCUGGAAUUAUACACCAUGUUCGUCUUACAGGGUUAGAACCUAAUACAUUGUACUACUAUCGAUGUGGGGAUCCUUCAAUACCUGCCAUGAGUUCUAUUCACCAUUUCAGGACCAUGCCAGUUUCUGACCCACGAAGUUACCCUCACAAGAUAGGAAUUGUUGGGGAUCUUGGUCUUACUUACAAUACAACUGAUACAAUUGGUCAUUUGAAUCAUAACAUGCCUGAUCUAGUUCUUUUACUUGGUGAUGUAACUUAUGCAAACUUAUACCUCACUAAUGGAAGUAGCUCCGACUGUUAUUCUUGCUCAUUUUCACAAACUCCAAUCCAUGAGACAUAUCAACCUCGUUGGGAUUAUUGGGGAAGGUUCAUGCAGAGUUUAGUUUCAAAUAUUCCAAUGAUGGUUAUAGAAGGGAACCAUGAAAUAGAAGAACAGGCUGGAAAUCUGACAUUUGCUGCUUACUGUUCCAGAUUUGCAUUCCCAUCCGAAGAAAGUGGCUCUUCAUCAAAAUUCUACUAUUCUUUCAAUGCAGGAGGGAUACAUUUUAUCAUGCUUGGAGCCUAUGUUGCUUUUAAUGAGUCAGCAGAACAAUAUAAGUGGCUGGAGAGGGACUUGGCUAAGGUUGAUAGAUUUAUAACUCCAUGGCUGAUAGCUGCCUGGCACCCACCGUGGUAUAGUUCUUACAGAGCCCAUUAUAGGGAGGCAGAGUGUAUGAGGGUGGCAAUGGAGGAAUUACUUUACUCUUAUGGUGUUGACGUAGUGUUUAGUGGACAUGUUCAUGCCUAUGAGAGAUCAAACCGAGUUUACAAUUAUACAUUAGAUCCCUGUGGUCCCGUACAUAUCAUGAUUGGAGAUGGUGGCAAUCGGGAAAAAAUGGCAAUUGAACAUGCUGAUGAACCUGGUAAUUGUCCAGAUCCGCCAACUAGAGCUGAUGCAUACAUGGGUGGCUUGUGCGCAACAAACUUCACUAGCGGCCCGGCUGCAGGCAAAUUCUGCUGGGAUCAACAACCUGACUAUAGUGCCUUCAGAGAGAGUAGCUUCGGCCAUGGGAUUUUAGAGGUGAAAAAUGAGACAUGGGCUUUAUGGACAUGGUACCGCAACCAGGAUUCUACCAAAGAAGUUGGAGAUCAAAUUUACAUUGUGAGGGAACCAGAUAAAUGCCCUUCCCGUCAAAUGCUACCACAACAAUGGAUAGCCUCCAGUUAAACUUCACUACCAAACCUGCUCAUGGAGUCAGCUACAGGCCUACAAAGGGUGGUCGUCUUUAAUUAACAAAACCCUCAACUGAAGGGGGAGAGAGCAUACAGGAAGCAUCAUAAGAUGGUCAGAAUAUUUUCUUAGUCUCUACUUCAAAUUAAAGUUGUUUUGUUUACCAUAUAGAGAUAGAAUGGAAUUAUUGGCGGGUUUGAUUGAAGAGGAAACAAGACAGAAUAUUCACAUUGAAAUCCUGGCACAAAUUUAUAAUGUAACCCCUAUCAACAUCUUCUUAAUUAACUGUCUUCUUUUGAGCAAGGAAGAAGUACUAUGUAGCAAUCUUUAGGAAUUUGUAUUUAAAAAA